GACUCCGGCGCCAUGGCACAGGCGGUGAGGCGUCGCUGUAGCUGAGAGACCUCUCUGUUCUCCGCUGCUGCAAAUCACUGGCGAGGGCAGCAUCCUGAUUUACCGGAGCCGCGUCUUCUCUCCGCUCUCGUGGCUAAUGCUCGACCCGGUGAUCCUUUAGAGCGUUUGUCGUCUUGAGUCGGAUGUUCACUCAGACACUCAUGCUGCCCGUUCGGGCUCUGAGAACCCUAACCCGUGUGUAAGACUCAGAUACGGGGAGGAGACCGAAUGGCGGAGCGUGAUGCAUUACCGCUGCCGCUGGACAUCCGAGCGCGGAUCGCCGAGCUGGAACUGGAGCUCUCGGAAGGGGACAUCACUCAGAAGGGUUACGAGAAGAAAAGAGCCAAACUCAUUCGAGCCUACCUGCCCCAUGCACCAGUAGGAGCAGAGUCUCGAGUCCCUGUGACUCCUUCUUCAUCCUCUUCGUUCUCAUCUCGUUACCAACGGCGACGCUCCACUGGCUCACGGGAUGAGCGAUAUUGCUCCGAUGUUCACUCUGAAGCCGUUCAGGCAGCACUGGAGCGUCAGUGUGAAAGAAAGAUGGCCGUCCCCAUGCCCUCUAAACGACACUCCCUCGUUGUCCAAACAUCUAUGGAAGCAUACACACCUCCAGGUCACUAUGAUGAGGACUCGUCAUCGUGCUCUGAGGGUGAAGGGUCCCUAGGAAGAGCCAGAGGUGCAGGAGUGGAGGCCUGGAUCAGCCGAGCACUACGCGGCUCAUCAUCUUCAACCACAUCUUCAUCAUCAUCGCACAGCAAUGGAUCUGCCAAUGCAGCACGUUUGGCAGAGAGUAAUGCACACACUUACAGCUUCGGCCAAGUUUCUCAUCUGUCCCUCAAGAGGCGGGGCUUAAGGGAGAUGGGUGUCUCGUUAGAGAAUGGUAACGUCGGGCAACGUUCUUAUGACUACCAGUCCGAGCGUCCUUGGUCAUCGCUGGACUCAGAGGACAGUCAUCCUGCACCUCCUGACAUCACAAGCUGCAUGUCCGACCCGCCCCUCGUUACCAUGGAGCGCCCGCAGGUUGCCUUGCCAACCAAGCCUAUGCCCAAAUAUGGCAACGCUGAGCUCAUGGAGACAGGAGAUGGUGUGCCUGUGAGUAGUCGUGUGUCCUCUAAGAUUCAGCAGCUGGUAAACACUCUGAAGAAACCCAAGAGACGUCCUCUGAGGGAGUACUUUAUUGACGACUUUGAGGAACUGCUGGAAGUUCGACAGCCUGAUCCUUCCUUACCACAUCCGGAAGGGGCAGAAUCGAAAAUAUCCCAAGGAGAGGAACUGGGAAGACUUAAGAAUUGCCCCGCAUCUCUAGAGGCAGCCUUACAGCGCUGGGGAGCCAUUGCACCCAAAGCACCAUGUCUGACCGUCACACACGCCGGGGCUAAACAACCUUACACUCUCACAUAUGGUAAGCUGUGGUCCAGGAGUAUGAAAGUGGCCUAUUACAUCCUCCACAAACUUGGAACCAAGCAAGAACCCAUCGUUCGUCCAGGAGACAGAGUGGCAUUGGUGUACCCCAAUAAUGACCCUGUGGCAUUUCUGGUGGCGUUUUAUGGCUGUCUGUUAGCUGAAGUCGUCCCAGUACCCAUUGAAGUGCCACUUAGCAAAAAGGAUGCUGGGAGUCAGCAGAUCGGUUUCCUACUGGGCAGCUGCGGGGUUGCCGUGGCACUGACCAGUGAUGCAUGUCACAAAGGCCUUCCCAAGAGUCUCAGUGGUGACAUUGUCCAGUUCAAAGGCUGGCCAAAGCUGUUGUGGGUUGUGACGGAGUCGAAGCAUUUAUCGAAACCUCCCAGAGAGUGGUACCCUCUAAUUAAAGAUGCUAACAAUGACACUGCGUAUAUUGAGUAUAAGACAUGCAAAGAUGGAAGUGUUCUGGGAGUGACUGUGACAAGAAUGGCCAUGCUCACACAUUGCCAAACACUCACACACACAUGUGGAUACAGUGAAGCUGAGACUCUUGUGAAUGUGUUGGAUUUUAAGAAGGAUGUAGGACUGUGGCAUGGCGUUUUAUCGAGUGUUUUCAACAUGCUUCACACUGUGAGUGUUCCAUAUGCACUCAUGAAAGUAAAUCCAUUGUCCUGGGUUCAGAAAGUCUGUCACUAUAAAGCUAAAGUGGUGUGUGUGAAGAGUAGGGAUCUUCACUGGGCUCUGAUAGCAUACCGAGAUCAGAGUGACAUCAACCUGAGCUCCCUCCGUAUGCUGCUAGUUGCUGAUGGAGCAAAUCCAUGGUCAAUCUCAUCAUGUGAUGCAUUCCUGAACGUGUUUCAGAGUUUAGGGUUGAAAUCAGAGGUCAUCUGUCCAUGUGCCAGUUCACCAGAGGCUCUUACCGUAGCUGUUAGAAGGCCGUGUGACGGCAGCUCUAAGCCUGUAGGUCGAGGAGUCCUCAGUAUGAUGGGACUGAGUCAUGGCGUCAUCCGGGUGGACACGGGAGAAAAACUGUCUGUCCUCACGCUGCAGGAUGUUGGCUCUCCCAUGCCAGGAGCCCUGAUGUGUGUGGUGAAGCUGGAAGGUGUUCCUCAGUUGUGUAAAACAGAUGAGAUAGGAGAGAUCUGUGUGUCAUCCAUUGCCACAGGAACAUCCUAUUAUGGUCUUACGGGCAUGAGCAAAAACACUUUUGAGGUGUGCCCUAUAUCAGGCAGUGGGGUGUUAGUCAGUGAGUGUGUGUUUGUGCGCUCAGGAUUAUUGGGAUUUGUAGGACCAGGUGGAGCCAUCUUUGUUGCCGGGAAGAUGGAUGGAUUAAUGCAAGUUGGUGGCCGGAGACACAACGGUGAUGACAUUGUUGCUACUGCACUUGCUGUUGAACCCAUGAAGUUUGUGUACAGAGGAAGGAUAGCCGUGUUCUCCAUUACUGUGCUUCAUGAUGAGAGGAUCGUGGUGGUGGCCGAGCAGAGACCAGAUUCUACUGAAGAGGAGAGCUUUCAGUGGAUGAGCAGAGUACUACAGGCUAUAGAUAGUAUCCAUCAGGUUGGUGUGUAUUGCCUGGCACUGGUUCCAUCUAAUACUCUGCCUAAAACUCCUCUUGGAGGAAUCCACCUGUCUGAGACAAAGCAGCUGUUCCAGGAUGGAGCUCUGCACCCCUGCAACGUCCUCAUGUGCCCUCAUUCCUGCGUCACCAAUCUGCCCAAACCUCGACAGAAACAACCUGAGGUUGGCCCUGCCUCUGUUAUGGUGGGGAACCUGGUGGCAGGAAAGCGGAUGGCUCAGGCCAGUGGGCGAGACCUCAGUCAGGAAGACAAUGAUCAGUUCCUUUUCCUGCCUGAGGUGUUGCAGUGGAGAGCUCAAACUACACCUGACCACAUACUUUACACACUCAUUAAUUCAAGGGGGGCAGUGGGGAGUUCUCUAACAUGUCUGCAGCUCCAUAAAAGAGCAGAGAAGAUUGCUGCACUUCUGUUUGAGAGAGGACAACUGCGAGAGGGAGAUCAUGUAGCAUUAGUGUAUCCACCAGGUUUAGAUCUGAUUGCUGCUUUUUACGGUUGUUUGUAUGCUGGCUGUAUCCCCAUCACUGUCCGGCCACCUCAUCCCCAAAACAUCUCUACAACUCUGCCAACUGUCAAAAUGAUUGUGGAGGUGAGCCGUUCAGGGUGUGUUAUGACCACACAGGCAAUCAGUAAACUUCUGAAGUCUAAAGAGGCAUCAGCUGUGGUGGACCUACGAUCAUGGCCACCUGUCCUGGACACAGACGAUCUGCCAAAGAGACGGUCUCAUUUGCUGUAUAAGCCAUGUGAUCCUGAGUCUUUGGCCUACUUAGACUUCAGUGUGUCCACCACUGGCAUGCUUGCUGGAGUAAAGAUGUCUCACAAUGCUACCAGUGCUUUAUGUCGCUCUAUAAAGUUGCAAUGUGAGCUUUAUCCCUCCCGUGAAGUAGCUGUGUGUUUGGACCCUUACUGUGGACUGGGCUUUGUCAUCUGGUGCCUCUGCAGUGUGUAUGCAGGGCACCAGUCCAUACUGAUUCCUCCAGCAGAGUUAGAGGUAAACCCGGCCCUGUGGUUGCUCUCCGUCAGCCAGUUUAAAGUGAGGGACACUUUCUGUUCUUACUCAGUCAUGGAGCUCUGUACCAAGACCCUUGGCACACUCACUAACUCGCUCAAGGCACGAGGACUGGACCUGUCCCGUGUCCGCACGUGUGUGGUGGUGGCAGAGGAGAGACCUCGCAUCUCUCUGACUCAGUCCUUCUCCAAGCUUUUUAAAGAUGUUGGGCUUCACCCUCGUGCUGUCAGCACUUCCUUCGGCUGCAGGGUGAACCUUGCUGUGUGUCUGCAGGGGACCUCAGGACCAGACCCCACGACUGUCUAUGUGGACAUGAGAGCACUCAGACAUGACAGAGUACGCUUGGUGGAAAAAGGGUCUCCGCAUAGUUUACCUCUCAUGGAGUCCGGCAAGAUCUUACCAGGUGUCCGGAUCAUCAUCGCCAAUCCAGAGACGAAGGGGCCAAUUGGAGAUUCUCAUUUAGGAGAGAUAUGGGUGCACAGCAGUCAGAAUGCUAGUGGAUAUUUCUCCGUAUUCGGAGAGGAGAAUGUUCGCUUGGAUCAUUUUAGCUCCAGACUCAGUUUUGGAGACACACAAACUGUCUGGGCAAGAACCGGCUACCUCGGCUUCCUCCGCAGGACAGAACUCACUGAUGCCAGUGGAGAGAGGCACGAUGCUCUGUAUGUAGUGGGAGCGUUGGAUGAGGCAAUGGAGCUGAGAGGAAUGCAGUACCACCCCAUUGACAUUGAGACUUCCAUCAUCCGAACCCACAAGAGUAUUACAGAGUGUGCCGUGUUCACCUGGACUAAGCUCCUGGUUGUGGUGGUCGAGCUGGACGGUUCAGAGCAGGAGGCCCUGGACCUGGUUCCCAUGGUAACCAACGUAGUUCUGGAGGAGCAUUACCUCAUCGUGGGUGUGGUGGUCGUCGUGGAUACCGGCGUUAUUCCUAUAAACUCACGUGGAGAGAAACAGCGCAUGCACCUGAGAGACGGCUUUCUCGCCGACCAGCUCGACCCUAUAUACGUUGCCUACAACAUGUAGAAAAGACAAACUCAAACACUUCCAAAAAAUAAACUUUAAACAUGUAGAAGGACUGAGCUGAGUGCAUAGACAUGGCCCAGAAAUGCAGAAAAACAAACAUUUAUCCCUAAAUAUGGAAACCCACUGAUAGAAACAUGCACUUUCUCCAACACACUCCCAUAUAAAUGGCUUACAAAUAUGUAGAAACACAGGCAUAUCCAUUAAUGGAAGCUGAAAGCACUAACCGAUACAAUGCAAAUAAUUAAAAAGUGGCAAAUUCUGUAGCCAUCCACACACACACACGUAAUGAGUAGGUAUGUGAUCACCAGUGUGUCAUCAGUCUGUAGUCAAACAGGUUGCACUUUUUGUCUCUCCAUAAACACAGGAGAAUAUGCAUUUUUUACUGCAUGCAGCAUUAAUACAGUUUCCAGUGACUACAUUGAAGGACACAAUGGAAAGAAUGUGUUGCACGCAAUUUACCACAUGAAGCCAAUCCAAAAAGUGUAGCUUUAAAAAAAAAAGAAAAAAAAAAAAGAUGUUUAUCAGCCAAAAUAUCUACUCCAAUUAGCCAACAAGACAUUUCUCAGCUUUUUGCAGCAGGUUACAGAGCCCGUAAUCAGGAUGUGUGCUGAUGCAAUAGACAGGUUUACAACGUUCCAUGCAAAAUCAAAUAACAUACAUAAUCAAGCACUCACCCAUAUAUGGGCCAUGGCGCCUGUGUAUAUAAGGGACUUGGAGACGUAUCUUAAAUUUUCUUUGGUGUUUGUGUUUUGUUCAUGUGCAAUUCAUUGUUUUGCUAGUGUUGCUUAAUUUUGUUAAUCCUGCAAUAUUUUCAAGUCAGGGAAUUUUAUAAGAUAUUUACUGUCAAGUCUGACAUACUGCUCAUAUUAUCUGAAGGCUUGCUUUCUUUCUUUCUUUUUUUUUUAAUAUUUGGUGUUGCAAACGUAGCCGUUUUAUACGAAGACAUAUCAAACAAAACAUUUUAAUGACCUAUUUUCCUUAAUAUGUUUUAAAUGUGAUUUGUGCACAGGUUUUUGUCAUCCCUUUAUUUUAUGCAAUAGCAUAAGUUAUUUUUCAUGCUAUCUUUUAUAUUUUUGUCUAAUGUGUCUUCAUGGUUUGGCAUCUUGUGUGAAUAAUAUCCAACAAGCAGAUACAUACAUGUGUAUAUUAUGUAUAGCUUGUGUUUAUGAAGAUGACAUAAAGCACUGCUUCCUCUCUGUUCUUGUAUGUAGCUAGGGUGGAAAAAGAACGAGGCUCCACAAAAAAUAAUGACACAAGGGAAGGAAUAACAGUCAGAGGUGGAGAUCACUGUGUGUGUAAAUCCUGGUUCAUUUUUUUUUAUUUUAAUUUUUUUCCUUGUGUCUUAAAAUUCCUGCAGGACUGUGAGCUGUGGGUUCUGUCAUCAUGGUAAAAGCGAAAAAAGAUGUCUUUUAAAAUGUCAAUAAAAUAUUUUCUAUUAUUCAGUAAA